GUCCUGGCUUCUCUCUCUGGCUCUCUCUGCUCAUGUCACUGUAUGCAGAAAGGUUUUUCCUCUGCCUCAUCAGGUUGCGACAGGACUGGCCACCUGGUCCCUGCUCUUUCUGGCCCCCAGAUUCCUGGUCUCCGCGUCUUUUUUCGUGUUUAUGUUGUUCCUCUUUCUGUGUCUGCUGCUGGGCUGUGUGCGGUGUCCUUGGGGCAGGAAUGGCCACCCGAGCCAGUGCUUCUCUGGACCUCUCACCCAGUGCCCAGCACAGACCGGCCUCCAUCCGAGGUUCUGAUUUCACAUUCCAGAGAGGGAGCUGACUGCGUGAGCCUGAUUGGCUCAAGUGUCCUUAGCAGGGCUGUGAGUGAUGGGAUGUUCUCCAAGAAGAGAGUGAGUCAGGCAGGGCCCCGGGAGGCCUUGGCCUUCAGUGCCAACAGGUGUUGUCCCAAACAACAUGAUCCCGGUUGUGGGGCUCCUUUGUGUCUGUGUGCCUUCGCGAUUAUCGCUUGUUUCGAGGGCCAACAUCCUCUGCCAGUCCGAGAGAGAGGUUAGAGUAAUACUUCUCAGCAGUUGGGAUUUGUGCCCCCAGGAGACAUUUGGCGAUGUUUGCAGCCACUUUGGGUUGUCUGGCCUUGAGUGUAGGUGGUACUGGCGUCUAGUGGUUAGAGUCCAGAGAUGCCGUAAACGUCCUUCGAUGGACAAACCGCCCUCCUCAAUGAAGGAUUAUCCCGCCUGCAGCAUCCAGAGUGCCAUGGUUGAGAAACACCAGCUUAGAUGUUUCUCUGCUUGAGGAGAAUGACCACAGCGCCAUUCAACUUGAGGGAAAGGGCUAUAAAUCCAGAGCUUAGGAUGAGACAUGCCUGUUCUUAGAGGACUGGAAUUAUGUCUGUCAGUGAGAAGAGAAAAAGCAAAAUUAGAGAAGUUGGCUAGAUUAAAUAUUUCAUAACAAAAUGUUUCAAAAUAAAAAGUCUGCUCUCUUUUCCUGCUGACCUCAUCCGCCACCGUCAGUGCUUUCCCUGAGCUCACUGUGCUCUGGCUGUGCUGGGCAUCUAGUGAUUUCCCCACGCCCGGCCCUGCCUCGGGCCUCUGCUUGCUGUUGUGUCCGCCUGGGGAGUGUCCGUGGGCAUUUCAGCCUCUCUCGCGGUCACCCCUUCUGUGCAGAAUCCCUGUCUCGCCAGCUGUGUCCUGCCCAGCGGAGCUCAUGGCGGCCCCUCCCCCACCCCUCACUUGGUCUCGUCAUCCUGGUGACCACUCUCUGUGCCAGUGGUUCUCAUCCGGGGACGGUGUCGCCCCCCGCAGACGCUGGCCAGUGUCUGGAGAUAUUUUUGGUUGUCACAGGUGGGGUGGAGGUGGGACCGGCACCUAGUGGGGGGAGACCUGGAAUGCCGCCAGCACGUCCUUAGGACGCGCAGGACCGUUUCCUCCCUGUUUUCCCAACAAAGAAUUACCUUGACCUAAAUAGUCACGCCCAUGAGCCCAAGUAAUUAUGCGAGAUUGAGAAACCUUGUUUCAGAGAGUGCAGGAAUACUUCGUCAACUGGCUUUGAGAGACAACCUGGCAUAAUCGUUUCCUGCCUUCUGAUUGUUUUUGAUGGCAAGUCUGGAUUUAGUGCUGAAUCUUAAUACACUUUCUUCAUUCCCCCCACCCUCCGAUUGUUGGUACUUUUCCCUUUAAAACGGAGUAGCCUUGAGUUUAUAGCCCUGAGUAGGGAGCAUGAGGUCACUGGGACUUAACAUCAUUUUGAUUUCAUUGUUGAGUUUUCGUGGUGACCUGCCACCAAAGGAAGUGACUCUAGGUUUCCCAUUUACCAGAGUGAUGCAAGAUUCUUUCUUUGACGAAAAUAAGAAAAAUUAGACAUGAGUCAUGUUAAAAAAGAAGUUCAUAGUCAUCAGCACAGAUGCCCUGAGCACUGACCAAGCAGGACUGUUCGGGCCUAUUCAUGCUCUACUCAUUUAAAUUCCCACAGCAUUCCCCCUCUAUUAAUUUAUACUUGAAAGAUUUUAAUUUACAGAGGUGACUUAGUGACAGACGACACAGGGAGGUAAUGCUAUUGUAUAUUUUACGUAUCUAUGUGUGUUUUGUGUAUAUAUAUACACGUGCACACACCUGUACACAUGUGCCUGUGUGUGUUGUAGUUGUGUGUAAAAGAAAAACUUUUUCCUCUACUCAGCAACUUCUGAUACCAAAUUUUGUUUUCACACCAUGCAGUUCUGACACUGACUACGUGGAGUUAGCACAGAUCCCACAGGUUAAGGGCUCAGUCUCCUGGGCAGCCUCUCGCCCUCCCACCCAUCCACUUCAGACGCCAGUCCCAAGUCCAGGUUGUCACCUGUGCUGAUCAGCUGGUUGUAAAUCAGAGAUAGGACCCCUUCCUCAGAGUUGACCAUUUGCUAGGGUGGCUCACAGAACUUAGGAAAGCACCUUACUUAAUAUUAACUGUUUUGAAUUCAGAAACCACUAAAUGGGAGAGAUGCAAACAAGGUUCAUAGGACAGGGCAUUGAGCUUCCGUGCCCUCUGGGCUUGCACCCUUCUAGCACCUCGUUGGGUUAACCAACCUGGAAACUCACUGAAUGACUUUAGUUAGGGUUUUUUGUGAAAGCUUCAUUACCUAGGCAUAAUUGAUGAAACCACUGGCCGUUGGUGAUUGAACUCAAUCUCCAGCCCUUUUUGCCUCCACAGAGGUGAAGGGAUGGAACAGAAUGUUCCAGUGUUAUAAUCAAAUGAUUCGUUAUCCUUACCCUUCCUCCUUAGAAGUUUUUUAAAAAAGUCACCUCAGGAACAUAAUAGAAUUCUUAAUAGAAAGCAAAAAAGGUCCUGUGUCUAAUUUCUGUCUUAAGAGAGGUAGUCUGUGGACAUUUGCUGGGGUGAAGGUUUUAGCAUCAGGGGGUGGAGUCGUCUUCAUCGUUGAGGGGUCUGGGACGAUGUUGUCUGGGUGUGUGACUGGGGUGUCCUUUGCAAGUGAGUGCCCACUCACGUCGAUGGGGUUUUUGCCAUGUUUGGUUGAAACAGUGGUGUUAGUGUGCGGUGUAAGUAGACCAAGAGGCCUUUUAUUAAGGCAAGAUAGAGACCCAUUUAGGGGUUUAUUUGUCACACUGGAAUUUAAAAGGAGUUGUUUCAAGUGACCAUUUAUGUCUUUUACUUAAACCAGUUCUUUGGGGCAUGUUUGGGCCAUGAAAGCUCUGUUGAAUGUCUCUUCCCAGAGCGUAGCAUUGUGUAAUUUGAGAAGUGAAAUGUGUGUCUAUUACCAGUAUUGUCUGCAAUUCUGAAGGGAAUAAGGAAUGUCCUGGCAGUGCCUUGUGUUGUGGCUGUAUGUGCAGAGAUGUAUGAUUUUGACUUCUAUUUGGAGUGUCUGUGAGACAAGAGAUUCUUAGGAGUUCUUUACCCCAAAGCAGACCAUUUUUAGGCAAUGGCCCUGCACUUUAUAAUGAAUGUGGAGAUGGGGCCAUUUGUUGAUCAGGGCAUUUGGCACUAAGAUACCCCCCCCGCGAAGUUUGGUCAAGUAAUAUUUUUUAGGUCUCAUUUUUUAUUUAGAACAUGCUGGCUAAGGGAUAGAAAGCAGCAACAUUCCACUGAACUCCAUCACGUAUGAUGGAUAGCAGUGUCUUUCUAAUAGUCCACAAACUCCCGUAACUGUUCACUCUGUUAAUCUCAAGGGACUUUCCAGGUGGCCAGAGGGUCUGGGGGAGGGCUGACCUCCUCCAGCACUGUAGCGUCUGGCAAGGGACUGAGGACAGGAGAAGCUGCCACCUCCUACAGGUGGAGCUAUGCCAGAGGGCCCAGAUGGGGUUCCAUUCUGUCGUACAGAGUCCUGAGGAGCUGUGCUGAGCUUGUGCUGUUAACGGUAUUUUGAAUAGAUCUUAGAGUCUUUGUUGGAGGAAAUCCUUGGGGAUUGGUAAUUGGGCUGAUUGGUAACUAACAGCAGUAGUGAGAUUAAAUAAAAUUUAUAAAUGAGGAAUGUAGUCACCAGCCCCCAAAUAAUACUAAGUAGUAGUAUUAGCUGAAAUUGUCCCCACAGUGGGACGAAAAGACACUGGAUUGAUGUAUCCGUAUGAAUGUGUCGAGUGAAUUUCCUUGGACGAGGCUGUCAUCAGUGUACCGUCACACCUGUGCUACUAGAGAAAGGUGGGUGCACUUAAGCUCUUGUGUGCAGAGAUUGCAGCGGCAGAGCUGUGGAGCCAGCCUCACAGGCAGCCUGGGAAAGAAAAGUUUACCUUCAGAGUAAAGGCAGGCUGGCAGAGAAGCCGUUGAAACAGGCCCUGGACAGAACACGGUCAGCCAGAUCUGUAAGCCCAAGGUCGUCGCCAGGUUGUUGAUUGGAUAACGUUAUUAAUUUAUUUAUAUUGGGUAUUGGGUGUGUGGAUCGUGUGGAUCAGCUCUGCCUGCAGACUGUGUGGCUUAAACAAUAGCUCUAUUUUCAUGGCAUUCUGGAGGCUGGAAGUCCCAGACCUGAGGUGCCAGCAGACGGGUUUCUGAUGAUGAGCUCUUCCUGGCUGCUGCCUUUGUGCUGUGUCCUCACGUGGCCCUGCCUCUGGCUUGGAAAGGCCCCUUUCUCCUCCUCUUUGAGGACACCAGUCCUCCCAGAUUGGGGCCACAUCCCCGCGACCUCAUUUAACCUUAAUUACCUCCUUACAGGCCCUAUCUUCAGAUGUGAUCACAUUGGGAAUUUGGGCUAAGUAAUGACAUUUAGAGGCAGACACUCGGUCCUUAGCAGGAACCCUAAUGGAUGGACCACCACAUUAAGAUUGUAGUAACCCACCAGGAGGAGCCCUUUAUUUUUCCCAGGUUAAGAACAGACACAACUGGGCUGUCAAAUGGAGAAGCAAUAGGACAGUCAUUCCUUUAUUGAUUAGCUGUUACGUGAAGUUUUACUCCCUGGAGGCCCUUUUCCAGCUUCCACUGGGCCAUAUUCACUAUCUCAACUGGUGUUUGUGGGUCCCAUUUUACCAAGUCAAUUUGUGAGCAUCCAUGCCCAAAAUGGGAUAUUUUAGGACAAUGGAUACUAUGAGUAGGGGAAAUAUAGGCAAGUCUACAGUUAAAGUGAGACAUACGUAUUUUUCCUCUGUAUUUCACUACUUUUUAAGUUGGGGCAGAGUAAUAUUUAAAUUUAGUGGGAUCUCCAGGUAUCACUAUGAUUUGAGCCCUAGUAUUAAUUAAAUGUAUGAAGUUUUGUCAUUUGGUACAUUUUAGCAAAUUCUAAAGUUAACUCAGAACCUAUAUUGUAGAGUCAGAAAAACCGAUCGGUGCCGUGUUAUGUUUUGGUGAUAAAUUUUUUUUGGGAGUAUAAAUUUUGUUAUGCUGUACAUAAUUAUUAUAUAUAACAUAUAAGUUUUUAGUAUAUAAAUUUUGCAUUUCCAAUUGGGUCAAAUUAUUAUGUGUUGGAAAUUGUAUGGAAAGUGUAUGGAAAUUGCAUUUCCAAUUGGGUCAAAUUAUAUGUUAUCACAUUAUAAUGUGAUUUAGUUAUAUACUUUGUCUUAUUUAGUUAUCUUUUAUUUUCUCCCUCUGUAUCUAGGGGUUGUUACUAUUUUAAAUCAAUAAAUAGUUUAGAAUGAGUUAUGUUUUCUAGACCUGGUAUUUGCUUGGUACAUAAGUUUUAAAGCGCACCCCCCUCCUUUUUCUCUUGGGCUUUCAGCUUCCUAAAGCCCCAUAUAGCUGAAGGGAGUCUUCCUCCCCUUUCCACUGCCCCAUUACUGGGCCCUGUGCUGAGCGUGUAGCAGAUAUGAGCGAUUUGCUUAGUGACAACUGAUAAUCUUGGGGUGUUGUUCAGGAUCUGCCAGAGCAGCCUUCUGUGGGUCCUGGUGCCUUUGCCUUUGAUUUCUCUAUAGAGUCCUGUGUCUUUUUACCCUGCAUCUGUGUUUGGCUACAUAUGACAGAGCAGCUCAGUCUUCACCCUGAAGGAAAUUUAUUAUCUCACGUAAUAAGAAGCUCAGAGGUGGGACUGGCUCCCAGGUGGGUGGGUGAUAACCCAGCUGUGUGUUUCUUUACUUCCUCUCUAUGGUGUAGGUCUUUUAGGCAGGUUCCCUCACAAAAGUCCCGGGACGCCGCCAGACAACAGGAGCAGCAGAUCCCCUCAUUCAGCCAUCCUGGAAUAGAGCUUUCUAAAGUUGCGUACCUCUAACUAUUGGUGAUUGAGGAAUGCCACUUGCAGGGUGUCCUGUUCCUAGACCUGAGCUGAUCUACCAGCUGGAGCACGGGCAGGAGCUGUGGACGUGGAAGAGACACCUGUCUCAAAGCGCCUAUCCAGGUGACAAGGGAAAACCCAAGACUACAGAACUUUCCCCUUGUGCACCAGCCCUGUCUGAGGGGGCCUUGUUCCAGGAACUAAGACAGGGAGACCCAGGGAAUUUCCAUCUGGGCCAAACCAAGGAUCAGAGUGGGCCAUUAGAAAUGCAGGAAGGACACUUGAGAUCAGGGUUGGAACCCCAGAGGGAGAAGCUCCCUGAGAAAACAAGCCCUGAACCUGAUGGUUUAGGGACAGCUGAUGGUAUAUGUUCGCAAAUUGCACAGGAGCUGAUCCACUCAGGAGGUGCUGUCCGUGACCAUGACUCGUGUGGAUCAGGUAAAGAUCCCAUGAUUCAGGAGGAGGAAAAUACCUUUAAGUGCAACGAAUGCGGGAAAACUUUUAACAAGAAGCACCUUCUUGCUGGACAUGAAAAGAUUCACUCUGGAGUGAAGCCCUAUGAAUGCACUGAGUGUGGGAAAACCUUUAUUAAGAGCACACACCUCCUCCAGCACCACAUGAUCCACACGGGGGAGAGGCCCUACGAGUGCAUGGAGUGUGGGAAGGCCUUCAACCGCAAGUCAUACCUUACACAGCACCAGCGGAUUCACAGUGGAGAGAAGCCUUAUAAGUGCAACGAAUGUGGGAAGGCCUUCACCCACCGCUCCAAUUUCGUCUUGCAUAAGAGGAGGCACACUGGAGAGAAAUCCUUUGUGUGCAAAGAAUGUGGGCAAGUCUUUAGACAUAGGCCAGGAUUCCUUCGACAUCACAUCAUCCACAGUGGUGAGAAUCCUUAUGAAUGCUUCGAGUGUGGCAAGGUCUUCAAACACAAGUCAUACCUGGUGUGGCACCAGCAGACUCACACUGGGGAGAAGCCCUAUGAGUGCAGUGAGUGUGGGAAAGCCUUCUGUGAGAGUGCAGCCCUCAUUCACCACUACGUCAUCCACACUGGGGAGAAGCCCUUUGAGUGCCUAGAGUGUGGGAAGGCCUUCAACCACAGGUCAUACCUCAAGAGGCAUCAGAGGAUUCACACUGGGGAGAAGCCUUUUGUGUGCACUGAAUGUGGAAGGGCCUUCACCCACUGCUCUACUUUCAUCUUGCAUAAAAGGGCCCACACUGGAGAAAAACCUUUUGAGUGCAAAGAAUGUGGGAAAGCCUUUAGCACUAGGAAAGACCUCAUUCGACACUUCAGCAUCCACACUGGAGAGAAGCCCUUCGAGUGCUCAGAGUGUGGGAAGGCCUUCAACCGCCGGUCUGGGCUCACGAGGCACCAGCGGAUUCACAGUGGAGAGAAGCCCUAUGAAUGCAUGGAGUGUGGGAAAUCCUUUUGCUGGAGCACAAACCUCAUUCGACAUGCUAUUAUCCACACUGGAGAGAAGCCCUAUAAGUGUAGUGAGUGUGGAAAAGCCUUCAGUCGCAGCUCAUCCCUCACUCAGCAUCAGAGGAUUCAUAAUGGGAGAAACCCUGUCAGUGUAACAGAAGUGGGAAGACCCUUCACGAGUGGGCAGUCCUCAGUCACCCUCCGAGAACUCCUUUUGGGGAAAGACUUCUUGAAUGUAACCACUGAGGAAAACCUUUUGCCAGAUAAAACAUCUACCAUGGCAUCUGAUCGGACACACCAAAGAGAAACCCCCCAAGUAUCUACACUGUGAGAAAAUCUUCCAUCCCAGACCAUCAGUAAUCACGUAGAGACGCAUUUUAGAGAUUGACUGAGCCCAGAGCCUUAUUCUGCAUCUGAGAAUUCAUCCGUGAGGGAGAGAGCAGUGUUUAUUGUGCAUGAAGUAAAACCUUCACCUACAUGUUUCUCCUUAGUUUACACUGCAGUGUUAUCUCAGGAAUUUUUAUAAAAAGAAGGUGGAGAUGUAGAAGAGCAAAUGAAAUGAAAAACUUUUGAGACUUCUCUGUCCAGCUUACAGCACUUUGUCAUGGAUUCCUUAGUUUACUUGGGGCCAGGGAGAUGUUUCAGAGGCAGUGGACCUUGACCCUGUAUGUGUCAUGUAUAUACAUUCAUUGCUGUCCAAUGUCAGGAGGGUUAGACAGUUGAGGACAAGUUAUUAAAGUGAUAAAUAUACACAUAAGAACACAUUUUAUUGUACCAGUUAAGACUCUAAAGCUUACAUUUUUAGAAAACUGUUAUUUGGUGUUAAACACCAAACAGACUUUUUCAGACUUGUUCUUGAUCCAGUCUAUUUACUUAAUUUCUGUAGCUAUAUGGUAAACCUCAAAAUUGGGUAAGGUGAUUCCUCUUUAUUCUUACUUAAAUUGAUUUAGUUUUGCUAAUUCCUUUGACAUUUCAUAUGAAUCUUAGGAUGCAAAGAAAUCUUGCAUUUUUAUAGGAAUUGAUUGAAAUCUGUAGAUAUGUUUGUUGAAAAGCAGCAUCAUGAACACCGUACAUGGUAUGCUAAGUAAUUCUUGAUAUUUCACUACUGUUUUAUAAUUUUCAACUUAACAGGUUCUGUACAUUUUUGUUAAGAGUUGUAUCUAGGGUUUUUUUUUUUUUUUGAAUGAUCAUAAAUGGUAUUGAUAUCUACAGUUUCAUUUUUCCAUAUGAUCUUUAGUAGUAUGCAGAAAGAUAAUUGUUUUUGGAGUGAUAACUUUGGUGUCCUGCAACCAUGGUGACAUUUGUAGACAUUUCUUUGGGUAGAAUCCUCAGGCUUUUCUGUAAAGACAUGUCUGCUGCAUAGAGUCUUUUUCCUCCUUCCCAUCUGUAUAUCUGUUACUUUACCUCACUGCACUAGUUGGACUUCCAACGUGAUGUUGAAUAGUAAGAAAGGAUGCCCUUGACUGAUUCCUCAUAUUAAGAGGAAAAUGUUCAGGUUUUCAUCAAGUGUGAUGUUAGUUGAAGGUUUUUUGUUUUGUUUUUUAAGUUUUCUUAUCAAGUUUAGAAAAUUUCCAUCUAUUCUUAAUUUGCUGAGUUUUUUUUGUUAUGAAUGAGUGUUAGAGUUUUUCAAAUGCUUUGCCUCCAUCAGUUGAUGUGAUCAUCUGAUUUUUCUUCUAUAGCCUGUUGAUAUAAUGUAUUACAUUGACUAGUUUUGAAUAUUGAACCAGCCUUGCAUCCUUGGAAUAAAUCCCACUUGGUUGCAGAGUAUAAAUUUUUUUUAUAUAUAUAUAAUAUAUAUUAAAACAUUCCAUUUGACUGUAUUUUGUUGAGGUUUUCCUCUAACUUCUUUUUUUUUUUUUUUUACCAUUUUAACCAUUUUAAUUGUACAAUUCAGUGGCGAUUUCCUCUAAUUUCUUGAAUUCAGAAUAAUUUUGAUGUUGGAGAUAUUGGAUAGUUUGAAGUUUGUCCUUUUCAAGGAAUUGUUCCAUUUCAUCUAAAUUUUCUAAUUAGUUUAUAGACUUAUUUCCUUAUUACUCUUUUAAUGGGAGCAGGAUCUAUACUUCUAUCCCAUUUGAUUCCUGAUUUUGGAAAUAUGUCCACUCUCUUCCUAUCUUUGUCCAUCUUCUUAGGCAUUUAUCAAUUCUGAUCAUAUUGGAGAAUCAGCACUUUAUUUCAUUGAUUUUUCUCUUGCUAUUCAUAAUUUCACUAAUUUCCGUUCUCAUCUUUAUAUCUUCUACUUUGGUUGUAUUUUGCUCUUUCUUUUUUCUAAUGUAAGCAUUUAGUACUAUAAAGUUUUCUCACAGCAUUGUGACAGCUUCAUCCCAUAAGUUUUCAUUACAGUUUCUUCAGCUCUAAUGUUUCUCAAUUUCUUUAUAGAGACUUUAAUGGGUUCAUGGAUUAUUAUUUAGGUUUCUAGUGUUUGGAGUAUUUUUGUUAUCUUUUGUUACUGAUUUCUAGUUUGGUCUGUUUAAAUUUAUUGAAGUGUUUAUGACCCAAGAUACAGUCUAUUUUAUUGAAUGUUCUAAAAGGCCUCCUGAAAAGAAUGUUGUUCUGCUGUCAUUGGGUGGAGUUUCUAUAAAUGUCCGCACAAUCCUCUUGGUUGCUAGUAGUAUUCAAAUUUUCUAUAUCCUUACUGACUUUCUGUUUAGUAUUUCUGUCAAUUCCAGAGAGACAGAUGAUGAAGUCCUGAUGUAGAACUGUCCUGAGGUAUAACUGUCUGUUCAUCUGUUAAAUUCUGUCGUUUUUCUGGGGUGCCUUGGUGGCUCAGUUGUUUAAGCAUCUGCCUUCAGCUCAGGUCGUGAUCCCAGGGUCAUGGAAUGGAGCCCCACAUCGGGCCCCCUGCUCAGCAGGGAGCCUGCUUGUCCC